UAGUUCCCCACAAAGUUUAUCUGAUGUCGAUCUUGGUGAUACAAUGCAGAAAUUUGAUUUCAUUACCGAUUUAUAUAUUCUGAACUUGACGCAUCUACAUGCACAUCGGAACGGUGAAUCUUGUAAAACAGUGCAAGACUUCAUUAGUCUCGAAACGAUUCCAAGAUUACGUACACUUAAAGUGAAACAUAUGUUAGUUACGGAUGAAUUCUUAGAGAAAGUGAGUAACAUGACACUAGAAAGUCUAAAUUUUACUGGAUGUGUUUUUCUCACUUUCAAGGAUACUGUGCAACAAUGGGAAGAAAUUAAGGUAACUUUUGCAAAGUCUUAUGAGACUAUCUGCUUCGAUAAGUGUCAGAGAUGUGUGGAAUACUGGUCAUCUUAUGCUCUAUUUCCAAGGCACUGUAUAGCGAUCAGAAUCAAUCUAAAUAACUGCGUAAAACUACGCAACCUGACGGUAAAAAUGGGUAGAUAUAUAAGUGUUAUACUCAGUGACCAAAUAAUAGAUGGUCCACGAUAUUUAUCGUCAGAUGAGAUGAAUUGUAAACUGCUGCUUUCGUCUUCUCAGUGUUAUGGUGCUAGACUAGAAUAUUUAGUAAUUAACAUCAGGGAUGUAGAGCUAGCUAUUAAGUUUUUAAAGGAAAUUAACCGAAGCAAACUUAAGCAUUUAGUAUUAAUUUGUUAUGAGAUUAGAUGUAUUUGUGAUGUUUGUGAUAUUUCAAAUUUAUUUAACCUAGAUUUUGCCGCUCUUGAAGUUUUAGAAAUUGAUGCUGGCGGUAAUGAUUUGGAGUUGAGGGAUAAGAGCACAAUUGAAGUAAAAAUGAAAAAGUUGGAAACACUGAGAAUAAAUUGCUGGUGUGUGGAUGAUCGACUAAUCCAAAUGAUAACUGAGCUGGAAAUGUUGAAACAUCUUGAAAUGCUUGUAAAAAGUUGGGAUGUCAAUUAUGAACUUUUAUGGAGACGACUGAGCAAUUUAAAAGGACCAAUAGAAAAACUCUUUGUUAGUUCUGAUCAGACCAUUAGUGAAUUGGUAAGGUCGAUAGAACCUUUGAACAAGCUAAAAGAAUUUUACAUAGACGGUAGAUCCAUAUUUCCAUUGUCUGAUAGCCUCGCCAAUCGAAAUGAUGAUGAAUUUCAACUUGCAAAAGUUGAUCCGAACAAACAGAAUUUGGUGAAGAGCAGGAAUGUGGUGCAUCUAAAACUCCACACUCUUCAUAUUGGCAUAGAUUCAGCUUAUGAAGAAUUAAUCGAACUUAUGUUGUGUCAAGAUUCUGAAGCUUUCGCGGAUAUUAAGAAACUGGUGAUAUUUGAAGCACCAACAGAUUCUUGGACAAGAUUAGAAAGAAUUCAGAAGUUAUCAGAAAUUUCGCCAGAUCUGCUAAAUAACUUGAUCGAAAAUAUUUUUGAAACUUUCAACCAGCUUGAUGUACUUGUAUUCUGUUAUAAGAGUUCUCGCAUAUCUGGAGAAAAGGCUCAUAUUCUCCGUAAGCUUUUUUCAGAGAAGUGUAGAUCGUUUAAGGAGCGAUGCGAUUGGUCAGAUAAUUGCAAUGAGGAACGAACCAUUUUCGAGCUUCAUAAGUAA